AUGGCAUCACUCAAUCUAUCCACGAAUGGUCCUUCGAUCAAAAGCAGCUAUCAGGCCGUCGUUAAUGCUGCCCUUCCCUCGUCUGGCUCGCCCACGUAUGGUCAUUGGGCUCUGUUCUCUGUCCAGGCCCCCCUCCUAAACGCAUUCCAGCCCACCGCCGCCAAGGAGAGUGUGCUAAAGGUAGAAACUACAGGAGAUGGUGAGCUUGCCGAUCUAGUCGAAGACUUCAACGAGGGCCGCAUACAAUUCGCCUUCCUCAAGGUCAAGGAUCCCAAUAGCGGACUACCGAAAAACGUUCUCAUCGCAUGGUGUGGAGGCGGCGUUCCCGAGCGUACCAAGGGCUACUUCACCAGCCACCUUGCCGCCGUUGCGAAGAUUCUACACGGCUACCACGUCCAAAUCACCGCCCGAUCCGAUAGCGACGUCGUUCCCGAGACGAUUAUCCAAAAGGUGGCGGAUGCCUCGGGAGCCAAGUACUCUGCAGGUUCUGCCGCGCCUGCACCGGCCCCACGCCCGACACCUCCCGCCAGCAAGCCCGUAUUUACGCCAACUACCUCGAGCGCCGGACGCAUCAACCCUAUAGUCGCGGCACGAAACAGGAGGAAUGACGCCGUCGAUGAUGAUGGAUGGGGCGCCGAUGCACCCCAGGUCACGCGGACUCAGCUGGAGAAGGUGGAAUCAGCUUAUAAGCCUACCAAGGUGAAUAUAGCUGAGCUCACUAGGCAGAAGCCUGCAGAACCCUCUAGGUUUGGCUCCUCGGCGGCUCGGGACUCCGGUCAUUCGGACGUUGUUGGGGGCGGCUAUCAGCCAGUUGGAAAAGUGGACAUUGCCGCGAUCCGCGCCGCCGCCAAAAACCAGGAAGACCUUCGACCUACACCAGUAAAGGGUGCUUAUGAGCCAGUUGGCAAAGUUGACAUCGCGGCAAUUCGGGCUCGUGCGCAGGCGGCCCCGUCAAGAGAGGAGCCGGAGCAGCCUGCCCCCAAGAGUCUGGCUGAGCGCAGUGCGGCUUUCUCCCAGCCUGAGCAGUCCGAACGUCUCACGAGCCUGCCCAAGCCCAAGGUUAGCAACAGAUUUGGAUCGUCAACCUCCGCCUUCACCGGCACCAAGCCUCCCGCCCCUGGUGGUCUUGGUUACUCCAAGCCCGCUGCUCCUGCCCCUCCUGUGGUAGGCGCUGCGAGCCGUACCUUUGCGGAUCAAGGAGGCAAGACCCCCGCGCAAAUCUGGGCAGAGAAAAAGGGAAAGAGGGAUGGCCUCGGUUCUGCCACCACUAUAACCCCUCCGUUGGCCUCGCCCAUCGGCUCCCAGAAGAGUGGCGGCGGUGAGUGGAAGAGCGGAUAUACUGGCAAAUCGUGGGCUCCUGUUCAGACCUCCAACUUCGGACGCGGUAUCACCGGGCAGAUGACUGGCGGAAGCGAGCAGAGCGCCGGCCACCCACACCAGGAGGAAGAGGAGCCGACAUCUGGAGGCGGCGUAGCUUCUUUGAAAGAACGAUUCAAGGACACGCAGCCCAUCUCCGCGCCUGCCCCAUCGGCGCCGUCUGUGCCUAGAGUCGCCGACUCACCACCACCACCACUCCCCAGCUCUACCCGACCUCCCGGUGCAUUUGCUCUCCCCGGAAUGCCAGCUCGCCCGCCGCCAGCUGAUGAGUACGAGGAGGAACCGGAACGAUCUCCCUCGCCUCCCCGCGUUGCAGUUCCUGUUCCGCGCAGUCCUUCGCCUCCUCGCGAACCCCCUCGAGCCUUACCUGUUCGACCCAAGGAAGAGGAGCCAGUCAGGCAGCCGUCUCCUGUUCGAGAAAGAGAGAGCUACCACGCCCCUGCCGUCCCUACCGCCGCUGCCAUCGUCGGUGCUGGUGUCGGUGUAGGUGUGGGGGCAGCAGCAGCCGCAGCGGUUGCCCACAGCUACGGAGACGACGCUACCCAUGCCGCCGAAGAACCAAUUAGCAGUGGGCAGAGGGCUAUCGUUGUCUACGAUUACGAAAAGGCUGAGGACAACGAGAUUGACCUUCGCGAGGACGAGUACGUCACUGAUAUAGAUAUGGUUGACGAGGAUUGGUGGCUCGGCACCAACAGCCAGGGUGACCGCGGUCUGUUCCCUAGCAACUACGUCAAGGUGGUGGACGAGGACGAUCAGGACGUUACGGUAGCGCAACAAAUUCCAGAGCCGGCUGCCGUUCCGGCCCCCAACCCCGUCCCUGCCUCCUCCCCGGCCGCCGUCCAGCCGUCAGCUCCUUCGGCAGGACCCACGGCCACUGCUCAAUUCGAUUACGAAGCUGCGGAGGAUAAUGAGCUUUCUUUCGCCGAAGGAGACAUCAUCACAGAUCUCGAAUUCCCCGAUGAAGAUUGGUGGUUCGGACACUUGCACGGCGCCUCUGGUUUGUUCCCUGCCAACUAUGUAGAACUGAACCAGUAA